CAGCCACAUCGCGGCCGCACGGGCAGAGCCGCCCCGCGCAGCGGAGACCUAACGCUGCCUUUGUCCGCUGGUGGCAGCUGGUCCCGCGGCAGCGCGGUCGCCGCCGGCGAUGGCCCCGCAGCAAGGGCGACCCGUGCUGCCUACCCGCUGCGAGCCAAUGCCCGCGCCGCCCGUGCCGCCUCGCCGGGAGCGCGGGGGGCGCGGGGCGCCGGGGGGCCGGGGGCGCGCGGGCGGGGCUGAGGGGCGCGGCGUCAAGUGCGUGCUGGUCGGCGACGGCGCGGUGGGCAAGACCAGCCUGGUGGUGAGCUACACCACCAACGGCUACCCCACCGAAUACAUCCCCACCGCCUUCGACAACUUCUCGGCUGUGGUGUCAGUAGAUGGGCGGCCUGUGAGACUCCAGCUCUGUGACACUGCAGGACAGGAUGAGUUUGACAAGCUAAGGCCCCUGUGCUACACCAACACAGACAUCUUCCUGCUUUGCUUCAGUGUGGUGAGUCCCACAUCUUUCCAGAAUGUCAGUGAGAAGUGGGUGCCUGAGAUUCGGUGCCACUGCCCCAAGGCCCCCAUCAUCCUGGUUGGGACACAGUCAGAUCUCAGAGAAGAUGUCAAAGUGCUCAUUGAACUGGACAAAUGCAAAGAGAAGCCAGUGCCUGAGGAAGCGGCAAAGCUGUGUGCUGAGGAAAUCAAAGCCACCUCCUACAUUGAGUGCUCAGCCUUGACUCAGAAAAAUCUCAAAGAAGUCUUUGACGCCGCUAUUGUCGCUGGCAUCCAGCAUUCGGACUCCCAGCAGCAGCCAAAGAAGUGUAAGAACAGGACCCCGGACAAAGUGCGGGAUCUGUCCAAGUCUUGGUGGAGGAAGUACUGCUGCCUGGCGUGAUGCUCACAGAUGCUGCUGUCAGAAGCUGUGUUAGCUGCAAUGACUCGUGUAGAACAUACGUGUGUGGUCAUAGGAGGAGCCCUCAACACACGUAUUCUUUCUUCUUUUAAUUUCCUUAUCUGUAUGAGUUUAGGAUGAGACUUUUUUUAAGCAAGAUAAGUUAAAGAAGUUUUUAAGUUAAAAGUUGUUCAUAAACUCUGGAAAUGUAGAGUUUUAGACUUCUGGAUUAAUUUAUAUCUGAUAUGAAAAGGGCUCCUCAAAGCUGGAUGUCAAGGAUGAAAUUUUGCUGCAUUUUGAUGUACAGACCAAGGGGGAAUGUUGUGACUAAUAACCUCUCUUGGUUAAGGGCUAUUGAGCGAGCGCUCAGUGUAUUACAUGCAAAACCAGCCAUGGUGAGAACAGCUCCCAGCUUUGAAACCACACAAACCAUACCUGUUUUUCUAAGAGCGAAAAUCUGAGAAAAUAAUGAGAGACCUCUACCUACAAAACCUCACACUGCCCCUUUUGUCAUUUACUGAUACUCAGUUGCUUAAUAUUUUAAAACAACCAAAAAACAUCCCACUAACUACUGACACUGUGUAGACCAAAAAAGCAAACUUGUUCACUGGGGUUUUUCAUUCUUCGAACAGUUGUGUUGACACUACAGUAAAUUAGUGGAAAUGCCCUGCAGUAGGAAUGUGCCAGUCUAGAUCACACAUUUGUUUUAGGGAGCAGCUCAGGCAACUCAGAGAUGAGAGUGUGGUGUUUGCUCUCAGACUCUGGCUGGUACACCAAGCCACCUGUGUCCUGUCAAGUGGAGCAGAGGGAGUUCCUGUCUGGGUGUUGUAAGCUUCCUCACUCACAUCGUUCAUCUGCAGGGCACUGGACACCUUGAAAGCCCACAGCAGAUGCUUGUGAGACACACACAUACCAUUUCUUCUUAAGUCAGCCAAAAUAUCCUUGUUUGUAAACACACAUAGGCACACACGCACAUGUACAUGCACACACACACACGAUUGUGUAGCUGUCUGGUUUACUGUUGAUCAGACUUUUAGACCAUUAGUGGGGAAAGCAUGGCCAUAGAUCAGGGCAAUGUGGUUUCCUCUUGUCACCACUUCUUUGAACAGAGAUCUUUUUGAUACUCGAGGUACGAUAUUAACAUAUCUUCAUUUGCACAUUUUUGAAACCAUCUUAAAAAAGUGACACGAACAUCUCUUGAGACUGUCAAAGCAACCAGUUGAGCUUCUGGUGCUUUUAGGGCCCUGCAGCAGAAAUAGUACUGCAGGCCAGUUGUUUGCAGGGCCAUGGCCCACUCAGCGCUUUCCUUGCUGUGAGACAGUCAAAAGGCAACACUCAAGGCACAUGUCCUUCAAGGUAAGAGUCUUAAAGCUGGCUGUUCUGAGGACAGCCCCAUGUCAGGGGAGCCCAUUCAUACUUCAGUGACACUUCCAAAGUGCUAGAAGUGGCCAGCCACUGAAUCACAGUGUCCAGCUUGCCAUGGUGAGGCAGUCACCAGGAUAAGUGACCAGCUAAGGAUAGCUGUUCACUACCUGUGAAGCUGGCAGGUAGCAGAGUCUUGUUUCUGUGGAUUUUGUGUUAUCUUUUUUAUAUUGAAAAAAAUCUAGUUGGGUUUUUUAAUAGAAAAGGAAAAGAUCUGUCCAUGCUUCAGUUUAGGGGCUUCAUUUAUUCCUGUUAGUAAAUAGGACUAGAGAAUUUCUUUUUUGAACAAAGAUUAAUCAUCAAGCCACUAAAAUCCAUAGACUGUUUGGUAUUGAUUUCUUAGCACAUUAAACUUGAUAUCAUAGUUUCCUGAAGUGUUUAGUUAUAACCUGAGUGAAUGACAUUACUUAUUUGUGGAAAUGAUUUUAUCAGAUGUAACUGUUACAGUCAUUCUUCCAUGUCUGGCUUUCCCAUCCAUGGGGGCCAGGCUCCCAGGAGGGGUUCUGUGUGCCCUGUGUGCACAGGCAUUUAGAGGGGCGAGUUAUUUCACUGGCAAGCAAUUUUAAAUGUUAUAUUAAAACAAAUACAAUGGAGUACAUGCAUAUUAAUUUUUAAGGCAGAACAAAAACUUAAAUUUAUAGCAGGACUGUCAGGCUACACUUACUGCCUCUGGGCCAUUGGGUAAGUGGUAUGAAGGAUGCUGUGUGGCCAGUUCUGGAAGCUUCAUUCCAUGGCUCAAUACACCUGGACCAUUUGUGCCACAAAUCUAGUGGGUUGACACCUGCAAUAGUUUGUAAUAUGUUGCUGCAUUUUAUAUGGUGUGAUUGUACUUGAGAUUUUCCACCAUUUUUAUUUAUUUGUGAAAAUAGGAAUUUGAACUGAGAAAAAUUUAAAGUGUAUGUUUGAGUUAAAUGUAAAGAUUGUUCUAUUCAAAGCUGAAAAAAUGGCUAAACAUGAAGCUUGGUAUCUCAGAGAGGAUUCAAUGAGACUUAGGUGCAGAGAAUGCCUGGUUAGCCUAAGUUCCAUAGUCUAGGCUGACACCAUAACUGAACAACACACUGUAUUGGGCUCCAAAACUAUCAUCUCUUUUCACCACGUGUACACAGAUGAACCUUUUAUAACCUCAUUGUCUGCUUGACAAACUGGCAAGCAGCUACCCAGGAGUCUCACAAGCCAAAAGGGGAGCCAGGCCUCCUCUGCAGACUUGUCGUAACCUGGUGCCUUACCAAGUUGUGCUUUUCUGUUAUCAUGUGUCAAUGACAUUGGGCAAAAUCUUGUACUUGAAAAUGCUAUUCGUGUAAUGGUAUGAAAUAAAUUCUGAC